CGCGGCUCCGGUCAACCUCGGCCUGGUUAUCUUCUUGGUUAUCUUGGGUGGUGGUCUGGUUGUGCUCUCUACAUCCCCUCUGCUUCACGCGCCAUGCCCGAAUACCAGCUGCACGUCGCCAUCGCGCUCACUACUGGACUCGUGACAAGUCUUGGUCUAUUCGCCCUCGCAGGCCCCGAGGAAAAGAAAAAUGCGCUCCCGACGUUCGUGGAGGGCGACGAGGCGCUCGAACGCGACCCGUACGACGUCGCCACCGCCGAAGACUUCGUGGACGGCGUUCCCAUAGACGAACAGCGGUUCUGGUCCAAGAUGCGCCUGUGGAAACUCGGGAUGUCUGUCUUGCUAGGUGCCGUUCUCGCCAUACAAGCCGUCGGCCUGGGCUGGUCUAUCGCAGAGGACGACCGUCAAAACAUCGCGGUCUACACUCUGCAAAUCGCCUAUGCGCUGUACACGCUCAUUCUCUCAGUUCGCGCCGUCAACCAGACACACUCGAAGCACGCGCAUUCGAUAAUCCAUCUGUCUGCGCUCAACUUCUUCGCGACGGUGCUGCUCGGUAUCACGGCGAUCCUACCAGCAAAACCGCUACCUGUGAUCUCUGUAACCUCCGAGUCUACCGCUCCUUGGGCGCUCUGGUAUGCUGUGUCUGCGCUGUACGCUGUCUGCACGGCGAUUGCUGCGACGACCCCACGCGGCCCGCCGCUCCACUUCCCGUCGUCGAAGAUCUACUCGGACAAGACGCUCAUGCAAAUCACCUCGACGUACGAAGACAACGUCUGCGGGAUAACGAACGCGUCCGUCUUAGACUAUCUGCUAUUCUCGUAUACCACAAAGGUCGUGAUGCUCGGAAACACGGCCGAAAGCCUCGAGAUCGGCGACCUGCCGAUCGUGCCUGCGGACAUGCGCGCCACCACGAUUUACACGUCUAUGCGCGCAGCGAUGCGCCGGUGGAAGCUCAAGGUUUGGUCGUGGACGCCGCGGCCUGGCUCCGGCAUCGAGUUGGGAUACCGCUUGCUGCGGGUGAAUGCAGCCACCAUGACGAUCGUGAUUUCUCUAGCUGCGGUCUGCGCUGUGCUCUUCUACGUUCCGGCGUACUUCCUGAAGCGUGUGGUGCAGUACUUGGAGGUGGACAGCACGCGUGACUUCAGAGGCUGGGGCUUCGUGUUCUGCGCAGCCCUGUUUGCCAGCCAUGCCUCGUCCCAAAUCCUGACGGGUCAGCUCUGGUCUCUGUCGACCACGACGCUCCAAGUGCGCCUGCGCAUCCAGCUCAACUCUAUCCUCUUUGCGAAGACCCUCGUGCGCAAGGACGUCGCCUCCUCCACCGGGUCCGCGCCCGGCACCGACGCCGCGCCCGCGACCACGCCCGCGACACCCGAGGGCGACAAGAAAGCAGACAAGAAGGACGACGAGGACAGCUUCUCGAGCAAGGCGCAGAUCAUGACGCUCAUGACGACGGAUGUCGACCGCGUCUCCGAGUUCGCGUGGCACCUGUUCACCAUUGUCGACGCGCCGAUUGAGAUCGUGAUCGGGUCGAUGUUCUUGUACAGCCUACUGGGCGUGUCGUGCUUCUUCGGGCUCGCGGUGACGUGUCUGUUCCUGCCGAUGAACCACUUCGCGGGCAAGGUCGUUGUGGGCGCGCAGGAUAACUUGAUGAAGGCGCGGGAUGAGCGUGUCGCGCUUAUGAAUGAGAUUUUGGGCGGUAUCCGGAUGCUCAAGUUCAUGGCUUGGGAGCGCAGCUUCGAGGCUCGUGUUCUCAAGGUGCGCGAGCGCGAGCUCAAAUACCAGAAGCUUAACUACAUUAUCGAAGUCCUUUGGAACGCGAUCUGGAAUGGCUCGCCCAUCUUGGUCACACUAGUGUCGUUCUGGCACUUCACGGUCGUCCGAGGACAGCUCCUGACCCCCUCUGUCGCCUUCACUUCGAUCAGUGUCUUCAACGAGAUGAAGUUCGCGCUGAACGCGCUCCCCGAAACCCUGAUCAACAUGCUCCAAUGCGCCGUCUCCCUCCGCCGCAUCGAGAAAUACCUGCACGGCGCCGAAGUCGCGCCCGUGCCCCCGCUUGCGACGCAGGACCCCCGCAUCGCGCUCCAGUCCGCCACGGUCACCUGGCCACAGGACCGCACGCGCGGCGCGUCCUCCGCGCCCUCCGCCGCCUCCACGCCCCGGCACAAAUUCAUCCUCGUCGACCUCACGCUCGACUUCCCGCUUGGGGAGCUCUCGCUCAUCUGCGGGAAGCUCGGCAGCGGCAAGUCGUUGCUGCUGCUCGCGCUCCUUGGGGAGGCGGAUUUGCUGUCGGGCCAGAUGAUCUGCCCGCGCUCGCCCCCGGACACGAUCGCGAAAUUUGCUGGGGUAGUUGUGCCGCAGGAGGAGUGGAUCGUCUCGGGCGUGUGUGCGUACGUUCCGCAGUCUGCGUGGCUGCGCAAUGCGUCGAUCAAAGAAAACAUCCUGUUUGACCUCCCAUACGUGGAGGAGCGGUACAUUAAAGUGCUCGAAGCGUGCGCGCUGCUGAGCGACCUGGAAAUUCUGGAGGAUGGUGACGAAUCCGAGAUUGGAGAGCGUGGAGUUAACCUUUCCGGCGGUCAGAAAGCGCGAGUUUCCCUUGCUCGCGCUGUAUACUCGCGUGCUUCGGUGCUCUUCUUGGAUGACGUGCUAUCUGCCGUUGAUGCCCACACCGCACACCACCUUUACCAUGAGUGCCUAAAGGGUGACCUCAUGCGUGGUCGUACUCUCAUUUUGGUCUCCCAUCAUGUCCAACUGUGCGCAGCGGGAGCCCAGUACAUCGUCGCCCUGGACAACGGCCGUGUGCAGUAUUCGGGCGACUACGACAGCUUCCGUAGCUCCGGCGUUCUCAACACGCUCGUGCAAUCCGGCGCGGCCGACCCUGCCGACGAGAAGGAGGAGACUGCCUUGGAGAAAGUGGAAGAGAUUAUCGAGGCCGGCGAGAGCAGCUCUGUGCCCGCGUCGUCAGAGACGAGCUCGACCGUGGCGGCUACUACCCCUGCAGAGCUGGAGCCAAAGCCCGAAAAGAAGAAAGCCCCGCGGAAGCUUGUGGAAGAGGAAAAGCGUGCUGUCGGGCGCAUCAGUAAGGAUAUCUGGACGACGUACCUCAAGUCCUGCGGUGGUGUCCCGUAUUGGGCUACCUUCAUUGCAGCUCUAGCUCUCGCUGCGCUCAGUCCUGUGUUGGAAAAUGGCUGGCUACGCAUUUGGUCUAGCUCUUACCAAGAUACCACUCACCCGCGCCCUGCUUCGUUUUACAUUGGGGUGUACGCUGCUAUCACGGGAAUUGGCUUGGUGCUCUCGACGCUCCGGUGGUUCGUCCUAUACCAUGGGGGUAUCCACGCCUCGAUUGCACUCUACCAAAGAUUAUUGGAGGGUGUGCUGUUCGCUAACAUCCGCUUCCACGAUACUGUAUCCCGAGGGCGUCUGUUGAACCGCUUCGGGAAAGACUUUGAAGGGAUCGACAGCAGCCUCCCUGACAACUUCGGACGCAGUGUCUUCUACGCAGUCUCGGUCCUGACUACCUUUGUCACGGUAUCCGUAGUCGGCGGCCCCCUGUUCAUCCUCGCGGCGAUCAUCUUCGGGUUCCUCUACUAUAGCAUUGGCAAGGUCUACGGGCAAACGUCCCGCGACAUGCGCAGAUUAGACUCCGUCACUCGGUCCCCGCUGUACUCGAUCUAUGGUGAAACGAUCGCGGGUGUCACCGUCCUUCGCGCCUUCGGUGCCUCGUCGAAAUUCCUUCGCGACAUGCUCCGCUGCGCAGAUACUAACUCGAACCCGUAUUACUGGAUGUGGGGAGUGAACCGCUGGCUCUCCGCCCGAUUUAAUCUGUUGUCGAGCGCGGUCAUUGGCAUUACCGCCUUUGUCGCCGUACUUUCCCCUAGCAUCGACGCCGCCAUGGCCGGGUUCGCUCUGGCGUUCGCAACCUCGCUCCUUGGUGAUCUUCUCUUCCUAGUCCGCCGCUUCGUCGGUCUGGAACAGUCCAUGGUUGCCGUGGAACGUGUCAAGGAAUUCUCAGAACUCCCCCGGGAGCCCCCUGAGUUCAUCGAGCCUCGGCCGUCUGCGUCCUGGCCUACGAGUGGUGCGAUCACUUGCGAGAACCUGGUGAUUCGCUAUGCGCCCGAUCUGCCAAACGUGCUGCACAAUCUCAACUUUGAGAUUCGUCCGGGUGAGAAGGUGGGCGUUCUCGGUCGCACAGGGUCUGGCAAGAGUACCCUGGCGCUGUCGUUCUUCCGCUUCGUGGAACCCACGGAGGGCCGCAUCCUCGUCGACGGCCUGGACAUUUCGAAGAUCGGCCUGACCGAUUUGCGGAGCAAGCUCACCAUCAUCCCUCAGGACCCUACGAUCCUGAGCGGGACGCUCCGGUCGACACUGGACGUAUUUGGGGAAUAUCAGGAUGCCGAGAUUUACGAGGCCCUCCGUCGGGUGCACCUCAUCCCCGCGGGAGACGCGUCGGAGGAGAGUGAGAGUGUGAAUGCAAACGUCUUCCGGAACUUGGACUCCCCCGUCUCGGAGGCGGGCGAAAACUUCUCCACAGGCGAGAAGCAGCUGCUCUGUAUGGCGCGCGCGAUCUUGAAACGCUCGAGGGUGCUUCUGAUGGACGAGGCGACUGCGAGCGUCGACUAUGCCACCGAUGAGCUUAUCGGGAAGACGAUUCGACAUGAGUUCGCGGACAGCACGAUCCUGACGAUCGCGCAUCGUCUGCGCACGGUCAUAGAUUACGACAGGGUCAUGCUCCUGGACCAGGGUCGGAUUGCGGAGUUCGACAAGCCGGCUACUCUGCUCGCGGACCCGCAGUCGAAGUUCCACGCGCUUUGUCAAGCGACCGGAAAGCAGGAGUUUGCGACGUUGAAGCGUAUGGCCGGUGUCUAGAUGACAGUAUGUAGCUAGAGAUGGAGAGCUGGCUGAUGUAUUCUUGGUUGAUGCUGAGCGAGAUGUGAUGAUCCCAAUUGGAUGUGUUGG